AUGGAUAACAAACAGCAGUUUGUCUGUCCUGGAGAAAGCGGCAGGGGCGACAGUCGGAUGACGCUCAUGCACGGCACUGUCGCAAAAUGUCGCAAAACUGAUGGCUGUGGUGUUACCAGUGUAGCACCAUUGGUCCCAUCUUGGUUUGAGCGAACAGAGGAGGAGAAACACCGUCCAUAUUACAGCUGCUUUGUCAGCACCUCCAUACAGCGAUGGACCCUCCUGGUGGGGGAGAUGAGCGCCGGAGGCAAGCUGAGCGCCUGCGAAGAGAAGAGGCAUAUUAUCACUUCAUAA